CAAUGGCUCCAACUACUCAAGAGAGAGGUCACCAGGGCCAAGAACCUGACAUGGAGAUGGUACCAGAUGAGGCUGUCGUCAUAUCUGGGGUGUCGGGUCUUAUGCCGGAGUGCGCGAGCUUCCUGGAGCUUGGUGAUAAGCUUUUUAUGAAGCAAAACCUGGUAGCCAAGCACAACCGUUGGAGGAACUUCAGCCACCCAGAGCUGCCGGAAUACUACGGCCUGCUGCAAAACGUCGACAAGUUCGACGCCCAGUUCUUCACUGUGUCCUACAACUUGGCGCACUCUUCGGAGCCUGGCUCGAGGAAGCUGUUCGAGAACACUUUCCAAGCUAUCUUUGAUGCUGGAAUUUGCCCCCCUGAGCUGUCAUCCAAAAAAGUCGGGGUAUUCUUAGCCUGUGCUCUGUGUGAUUCUGAGAAGGCUUGUUCCAAGUUAGACGUGUAUUAUGGUCUGGUUGGCUGCGGCAGAGCAAUGUUCUCCAACCGUAUAUCCUUCUGGCUGAAUCUGAAGGGUCCCUCCUUCACCCUGGAUGGUGACGCGUGUGGUUCUGGGGUGGCACUAGAGCACGCCUGCCAGUCCAUCAUGGAAGGUCACUGCGAGGCCGCUAUUGUGGGGUCAGCGAAGAUCCUUCUGCAUCCACAAAUUCCUAUCCUUUAUAACAGAGAAUGCCCAAUGAAUUUCGAUGGCAAAACUAAGUGCUAUGAUGCAAACGCUGACGGUCACUCACUGUCAGAAGCGGUCAAUGUUAUGUUUCUUCAAAAAUAUAAGGAUGCUAAAAGAGUUUAUGCCGUUGUGCGUCAUGCAAAGGCAGAAUUCCGUACCACUAACGAGGAAAUGACCUCGGAGUACCUCAAGGUACCCCGCGAUGCCCAAGUACUGACAAACUUCUACAAAAAGUUCUAUGAGGAAGCAGGAGUGUCACCCUCUUCUGUGGAAUACGUUGAAGGAAUUGGCGCAGCAAACCCUGAGACAGACAAGAUGGAGCUUCAAGCCUUAGAGCAGGUGUUCUGCAAGGACCGCCAACGGCCCCUGUUGGUCGGCAGCAUUGCUUCCAACAUGGGCUACUCGGAGGCAUCGGCGUCCAGUUGUGGGAUCUUUAAGAUGCUCCUCGCCUACCAACGGGGUAUGAUCCCAGCAACCAUCAACUGCUCCAACCCUCGCCAAGACAUCGCGGCGUUAAGAGACGGACGCAUGUGCAUCGCGACCGAGCACGUCCCACUGCUGGGCUCCUUCACCGCCGUCAACGGGUUUUCUCUCACUGGUCUCAACAGCCAUGUUCUGCUGGAGAAGUUUAGGAAGAAGAAGGAUCUAGCCCGUUACCACACCAACAUGCCAUACCUUGUAUUGGCGUCGGGAAGACAAGAGACCUCGGUCCAGAUGAUCCUUGAUGACGUCAUGUCACGUCAACCGGAUCCUGAGGAGAUUGCGUUGCUCCACAAUAUUUUCAAGAACUGUAUUGGCCAGCACUUGAUUCGAGGAUAUGGAGUGUACUCAGGCACUAACGAAAAGAUUAACACACACAGUAAAAAGAUGGACUAUUGUGAAGGUGAAAAACGUCCGUUAUGGUUUGUGUACAGCGGUAUGGGGUCUCAAUGGGCCGGGAUGGGAAAACAACUCAUGAGGAUACCUCUCUUCGCUAAGUCGAUCCAAAAGAGUCAUAAAAUUCUGGAACCAAAAGGGUUAGAUCUCAUCAAAAUCAUAACAACUGAAGACGAGGCGAUAUUUGACAACAUCUUGCACUCCUUCGUUGGUAUUGCCGCCAUACAAAUCGCUCUGACUGACAUCUUGAAAGCCGUUGGAUUGGUUCCAGACAAUAUUAUUGGUCAUAGCGUAGGGGAGCUAGGUUGCGCGUACGCCGACGGCUGCUUCUCAGCCGAGCAAGUGCUACAGCUGGCCUAUCUGAGAGGCUACCUGUCCUUGACCACUCCCAUGGUGCAGGGCGCCAUGGCUGCAAUCGGAUUGGGGCACAAACAGAUCUCCAACCUCUGUCCACCUGAAAUCGACGUGGCGUGCCACAACAGUGCCACUUCCAGUACCAUUUCUGGCCCCGCUGAAGUGGUGAGGGCGUUUAUUGAAAAACUCACAAAAGACGGCAUCUUUGCGAAGGAAGUCAACUGUUCUAACAUUGCCUACCACUCCCGGUACAUCGCUACACUUGGUGCCAACUUCAUAAAGAACUCACGGAAAAUUGUCAAAACCCCGAAACUGCGAAGUGAUCGUUGGCUGUCUUCCUCUGUGCCCCACGACAAAUGGACCGAGCCCGAAGCACUAUAUUCUUCAGCUGAAUAUCACACUAAUAAUUUGCUGAGUACCGUAUUAUUCGAAGAAACGCUUCGCUUUGUGCCUUCCAACGCUGUUUUGGUAGAGAUAGCCCCUCAUGGUCUACUUCAGGCGAUCCUCAAGAGGGCUCUGUCUGUGGACUGCCAACACGUGCCUCUGACUCGAAGAGGGCAUCAGGAUAGUACCGUCUACUUACUGGAAGCUAUUGGAAAGUAA